AUGGCGCCGUUCUGGGGACUUCGAGGCUCCAAGUUGCACACGGCCAUUUGGGCUGAGGCCUGCUUUGGUGUAAUGAUCUUCGGUUACAAUCAAGCGUCUACUGGUGGUGUACUCGCCGACCUUUCCUUUAAUAAACAAUUUCCCCGAAUGGAUACCCUGACGACAACGGGCUCCUUGAAGGCAUACAAUGCAACGAUCGAGGGCACCGUGGUCGCCAUGUAUACGCUCUUCGGUGUGUUUGGAGCUUUAGGCUGCACUUUUCUCGGCGACGCUUUGGGUCGUCGGAAGACUAUCUUCAUCGCUAGUAUUGUUCAAGCCAUUGGGGCUGUCUUACAGGCGUCCUCUUUUGCGUUUGAGCAGUUCAUUAUUGGCCGAAUUGUCUUGGGACUCGGAACUGGCGGACUGAUUGCCACCAUCUCUGUCUGGCAGUCAGAAGUCUCAAAGGCUGAAAAUCGGGGUGAGCAUGUGUCUGCCUUCGGUAUCUUCUGUGGAUCCGCUACCGGAGAGUCCUCGUUGGUUGAGCAAAAAGGUCGCUGGGAAGAAGCGCGAGAGAUUCUCGGCCUGUUGUACGAUGAGGAUCCGCACGGGGAGACCGUGAACCAAGAGAUCCAGGACAUUCAACUCUCCAUCGAGCGCUCUAGCAAAGGCAGCAUCGGCGCCAUGUUUAAAAUGGGGCCACAACGAACAUUCCAUCGCGUGGUUCUUGCCGCACUUGCCCAAGUUUUCCUUCAAAUGUCCGGCAUUAAUUCUAUUACAUACUAUGCCCCAUCGAUUUAUCAGAACGAGCUGGGCUUCAGCCCCACACAAGCCAGUAUCCUGGCGGCUGCAUCCCAGUUUUGCCUGAUUCUGGGCGCAUUCUGUUGUGCUUAUACAGUGGACAGAUUUGGCCGACGCAGGCUGAUGCUGUAUAGUGCAACUGGGAUGAGUAUUUGCUUCGCCUGCAUGGCCGGCCUCACCUCGAACCCGGACAACAAGAUUGCUCUCAAAGCUGCCGUUUUCUUCUCAUUCCUUUACCUUUUUGUCUACGUCCUGGGAUUCCUCGGCAUUCCCUUCCUAUACGCCAGCGAGAUUGCGCCUACUCAUCUGCGAGCUGCUGUUUGUGGACUGUCUACUGCUGUUUCUUGGUUAUUUAACUUCCUCGUCGCUGAAGUUACCCCAGUUGCCUUUAACGCUAUCGGCUGGAGAUACUUCCUUGUCUACUUCUGCCUGAACGCCGCAUUUGUGCCAACCAUUUAUUUCUUCUUCCCCGAAACCUCGCAACGAUCACUGGAAGAGAUUGAUCAAAUUUUUGAAUCUUCGACGUCCAUCUUCGAUACAGUUUCCGUGGCACAGAAAUUGCCCAAGCGCCAUCUCGCCGAGUUUCUCCACGAAGAAAAGGGGGUCGAGGUUCCUGUUGCUCAAGCUUCUCAUGUCGACGAGGUGGCGUAG